GCGGGCGGCGAUGGAGGAGCCCCUCUGCUGCUGCGAGUACGUGGACCGGAGGGGCCAGAGGAACCACCUGGCGGCGUGCUGCUGCGACUGCGAGGACCUGGACGAGGGCUGCGAGAGGUGGCUGACGUGCAAAUCCCUGGCCCCGGGAACUCUGGAAAGAAUUGUCGACACCGUCGCGGACCGGGUGCGGGUCCCUUGGUUCGCGGGGGCCGUGAAGAUCAACGUCAGCCUCGUGCCGCCUCUCGUUCUGCUGCCCGUCUUCCUCCACGUUGCCGCUCUGCACUUCCUGCUGGGUCUCGUCAUCCUGACAUCUCUGCCCGUGCUGGUGCUGUGGUAUUACUACCUCACCCACAGGAGGAAGGAACGGACUCUCUUCUUCUUGAGCCUGGGGCUCUUCUCCUUGGGCUACAUGUACUAUGUCUUUCUCCAGGAGGUGGUUCCCCGAGGCCACGUGGGCUAUUCCCAAGUGGUCGCUCUCACCUGCGGGUUAAUUCUUAUGCUUGCGGCCCUGUCUCGAGCCAAGAAAGACCCUGGCUACCUUCCCAUCCCAGCAAGCAAUGAGAAGUCAUCGCACCAGGGUUUGCCCAACAAGAGUGUUAGAGGGAGCUCCAACGGGCUCCACGGUGUCACCAUGUCGGGAACUGCCAGCAGCCGUGCUGUGAAUGGGGAGGCCAAAGGCUAUUCCAGGAUGUCAGCUGGGGAGCCAGAAGGUGUGAAAAAGGACUGGUGCACUAAAUGCCAGCUGGUCAGACCAGCCCGAGCAGGGCACUGCCGGCUUUGCGGCAGGUGUGUAAGGAGACUGGACCAUCACUGUGUCUGGAUUAACAGCUGUGUAGGGGAGCAGAACCACCAAGCAUUCAUCCUUGCGCUCUCCUUCUUCAUGCUCACCUCUGUAUAUGGGAUUACGUUGACCUUGCACACCAUCUGUAGGGGUCGAACUCCGUUUGUGGCAUUGUUCUACUGCCCCGGGGCCUAUUCCGACUACAGCUCUGCUCUGUCGUUCACCUGUGUGUGGUACUGUGCCAUUGUAACAGCUGGCAUGGGAUACAUCCUCCUUAUCCAGCUGUUGAACAUCAGCUACAACGUGACCGAGAGGGAAGCUCGGCUGGCUCUGCGGGACAACACUGGGCGCAGGCUCCUGGGUGGGUUAGUGAUAGACACUGGCCAGUAUAACAGGGGUUUCCUAUGCAACUGGGGCCAUUUCUUGAGCCUAGGGUCUUCUCCUCCACAGCGCUCUGCUGAAGACAUCGUGUGACACCCCUCUUUCUGCAGAUGAUGUUGACUGACUUUCUUUAGCAGGGGAACGGCCCCUUCCACUAGGACUCCCUUCUCCCACACCUUUCCUUCAUGGUCGGUGUUUGGGCUGCCUGUCCCAUGACUGACAAUAUCAGAGGCUUUCCCAGGCAGAAUGGUUCUUCGUGUGCUGUCAGCCAGCAAUAGGAUGCAGAAAGCGGUAAGCCAUAUGCACAAACCCGGAGAGAAGGAGCCUGCUGCCUUUUUCCACUGUGGGAAACUUUGUGCAGCUCAGCUCAACAGGAAGAAGAGCACAAGGUUUUGAGAACUUGAGUUUUUGUUACAUGCGAACCCUGGCAUCAAGAGGAACCUGUGGCUGGACUUCAGAGCGUGCACUGGUUCCUGCAAAGGUUAAGGAAUCCAUGGCUUGUACCUGUGUGUGACAUUUCAGAGAUGUCAGGAAGGUGGACUUUUGAUACAGGUAACAGAUGGACCACCGUAGAAGCCAGGCUGUUUGGCUAAAAGAGACUGUCUAGGCAGUCACUGAGUAGCUCCCUCCUCUCUGGUGCAUUUAUUUAUUUAUUUUUUUCUCUACCUUCUAUUCCAUCCAGCUGUAUACAUGCUUGUAUUAAGUGCCUUUGUGAGCAACGUUCCUGUAGGGCUUUGUAAGAUCCCUUCACCUCUUGACCCCUACGGUUGUUAGUACAUCCCCAUCUGUCUGACUGGGUGAGAAGACACUGUCAUCUUCGAUCUCGUCGUUCCUUCUGCAGGCUGGGUCUCUGUUGGUUUGAAGGCUUGGCUCAUCUCCCUCAAAGUGUUUCUGCUCCGAUUAUGGAUUGUGGCAUGAGACAGCAGGUAAAUAUACCAAGUAAGAAGGAGAUGUUUUGAAGCAACACGUAACAGUGGACUCUGAGGGGAAAACAAGAGUGCUGUCUGGUGUUACUGUAGCUUUAUGGAAACUACCUUUGUCUCUCCCUCUGUGGGAGAAGGGAGUCUGUGGGACAGUAGGCAAUUCUGCUAACAGCUUUUUUGGUAGGUAGCUUCUUGGUCGGUUGUGUUGCUAAUAACACGGCGAUCCUGUCUCCUCUCAGCCCAGUCACUGUGGAGCUGCCUGACUGUAGAUCUGUUUUCUCAAGCCAGGAAGUCAAGGAACAGUUCAGUCUCUGUGUAUGUAGGGAGAGGAUGUGUUGGAGCUGUGUGGUUUUGGGGUAGAUGACCUGCACUGGCAGGUGAAUGAAUGUGUUAAAUGUGCUCUGCAAGAAUGCCACUUGGUCCUCAUCAGCCUGCAACUGUAAUAUUGUCCAGACUUGACCUUCAGCUGAAAUCACAAGGUUUUGGUGGUGAUGGUUUGUGGGUUUUGUGGGUGGGAUUUUUUUUCUUGGUUUUUUGUUUUAAACCCUUUGUGUAUGUUGUUAGCCCUGCAAAAAUAGGAAAGGUCUGGCUGGAAAAGCCUGGGACCAUGGCACAAGAGUUACGGGUUGGGCCUAAGAUGCAGAAGCAGAGUAAAGAGCUUUGUCCUAGCUACUGAUGUUUUUAGAUGGUGUGUGCAGCAUGGACAUGACUUCACUUCUGUGGGCAGGCAGCUGGCGGAUGUUGGCUGAGUGAUACAAAUUCACUGUGCGCUGCUGUGCAUUAUCUCUGAAGAACGGAUGGAUGGUGCAUGGUGCCAAAAGGUAGCAGGGUUGGGGGUGUCCCUUGAGAUCCCUGCCAUAUUUGGUGUGUGUGCUCCUGAUUACGUGUCCCAGUUUAAGGUGAAGACCAUGUCCCUCUUUGCACUGUUUGAUUUCCUCAAGUGGAACUUUCUAUAACCAGCAGAUAAUUGAGGAGCAGCUGCAGUUGGAACGUGGCUGUGCAGAAAGAGUUACUGACUUACUGAGUGUCCCUUAUUUCCUCUUACCCCUUUUCAUCCACUGAGCAAUCCUUUAUAAGGAGGUAAAGGGAACAACACCUCUCUUGCUUCCCAUCUCUCACUGAACACACUAAGAGGUUUCUGACCACUUCCCUUGCCCUAACAUGAAGAAAAAGGCAGCCAGCUGGACUGUGCUAACUGUUCCCUUAUGACCCGAGUGUUUGGAGCUUAGAGCCUGACCCUGGGAGUUUAAAUUCACACAAAGACCUUGCCUCCACAUGAGUUGUCUGUAAAUGUUUCCAUGGCACGUAUGCAUUUUGUGGUGCCUGCUGAGAUGAAUUGGAGCUUGGCAACCCUGGAGACAAGGAUGCGGUGGGCUAGCAGGUUUGUGAUCUUCUCAGAUCUCAUCCUGCUGGCGCUUGGGAAGAUUAAGGCAGAAUGACCUCCUGGGCUAAACGAACCCCUGCAGUGGAGGUAGCCAACCCCUCUGUCCCUGUGAGUUUCAUGUGCAGAAAUCAAUCGUGCGCCCGUGAGCUGAACGAGCUCUGGGAGUGUUUACAGGUUUGAGAUAAGCGGUUUCUCAGAGUCCUGCUACUCCUGGUGGGGAGAAAGCUGAGCAGAUCGCAGAUCAUUUCCCUGGCAGUGCCUGACCCUGUUGUGCUCGCUUUCUCCCACAGGCAGAGACUGGUUACUACUUUGCGGCCUGUCUGUCAGUGUAGUCUUGUCCCUUGUCUCUUAGUGAGCUCUGGCAUGGGAGACUUCAUUUGAACUGCUUACACCGAGACACUCUCAGUGGUGUUCUCCCAGGCAGCGUGGACUUUGGAGUGCAGAUUAGGAGCAAAGGAUCCUGGACUAAUGUAACCAUUCCAUCCAUACCAUGGUCAAGCCCACUUCAAUAUAGUGGGGGUAAAGUGCUAACAUAAAAUUUAUUUUUGCACUCACUCCAGAGGGAAAUGGAACCAUUCAGGAGACUGAAGGGGUUGCAAGGCUGGGUUUUUUUUAUGAGGAGUGUGCAGUGCUGAUUCCCCAGUGAAUAGGAAGUUCAGGUGGCUGUAAUCUGCAUAGCAGUGGUGACCUUUUCUUUAAGGAUAUGGCUUAUGUUUACUGUCCUGGCUUCUUUCUGAGAGGAUUUACCUUGUGAAUGCCUUGGGAGAUGGGAAGCAUAAAGUAACAGGAUAUCUAAAAGGUAUCUAAAAGGGCGGAAGAGUUGCGAGCUUCAGAUGCGUGCUUUGGAGCUCUUCUUUUAAUAGCCCUGAGAAUUAGCAAGCAGUCCUCGAAGGGUAACGCUCCCUUUUGCACUUAUAGCAAGGGCAGACUGUUGUGAUCUCUUGUGCACUAAAGGACAAUUUCUCUUCUGAGUAUUUUCUUGCUGAGCUUGUUAUUGGCCAUGCUGGUAGAAAAAUGUUAAAACCUAGGCAUAAAGAGUCAGUCCUCAGGCUCACUGUGUUAGUAGCUGCCUAGAUCCGUGCUGUCUGGGUGUUGGAGCAGUGGGAGCAGGCUGCAUUUGACAGGUGACUUGAGUCAUGUGUGUGUGGCCUUGAGGCAAGGACCAGUGUCUCACCUGUAAAUACUGUAUGCAUGUACCUGGCAGUGCAGAAAACAGUAGUACCCUGCUGGCCCUGAAAAGUUUUCCCUGUGUAAGAAGAGAGAACCUAGAGCUGGCCAGAAGCAGGGAAGGAUUUUGGUAAUAGCUAGCCGCGAUGUUUCUCUGCCCAGACUUGGAAAUUAGUUUUUCCUGCUUUAACCAUGACCUCUUAAGAGUCAUUUGUUAUUUCACAAGUAUUGUGGACUUCUGCAGACCAGGGCAACUCUUAAGGGGCCAGGGUUCUGAUGUUGCUGCUGUUGUAGUGUUAAACCCUCCGUGUCCAAAUGCCAGCACCCUACUGUUUGGUGACUAUACUAAGAACUGUGCACCAUUAGAUACACCCUGUAAAUGGUGGCUUGGCACUCUUUAACUGUAUCUUCUUACAUCGUGCUUUUUUGUAGGCAAGUCACAGAUCCCCACAUCGACUGUUUCUCCAUUUAACUUGUCCUCAAAUGACAAAAGUCACUGGUGAGCCCGAGUUGGCACUGCUUGUGACUCCUAAUCACAUUUCAGCCUUCACGCUAUGAUGGUGCUUUUUUUUUUUUCUUCAAAGUAGGUUGUUUUCAAGUGUCUUAAUGAAACCAUUUGCUGUAAAAUUUCUUUUGAAGAUAAAAUGGAUACUGCCUCACUGCCUAAUGUCUUAAUAAUGUGCUUGGUUUUUUCCUUCUAUAUGAAUGUAUAUUGCCUCAUAAGGGCAGGAAGCGUGUGUGAUUAUGGAUGUGUUUUCCUGUAUUGCUUUCAGUGAAGAACUCUACAGUUUCCUAGGAUUUUCUUCCACUAUCAGGAUGUUUGUACAGCAAAAAUCUUUCUGCGGACAGGUGAGGUUCUUUCUGAAACGCGGGAAUUCAGCCUCCCAAGAUCUUGUCUUUAUGGAACUCCUCUAAUGAUAAUGUGAAGAAUGAUGGGCUUUGGAAGAACUGUCUACCUUGGAGAAUGGGGUGGUUUUGGUUUCUUUUUUUUUUUUUCACCCUGAGCUUUAGGAAGAAACUUUGUGAAACACAUUCGUGAGCUUUGUUGAAAGGACUGGUGUGUGUGUGUGCGCGCGUGUGCGUUUGUGUCCAUUUUGCAUCGUAUUCAGUGUUUCCAAAUGGGUGCAAUUAUGAAUCAAAAUAAAUAAUUAGAAAU